UAGGUGAUCGUGUUUUAUUUACGGAAGCUGCCGCGACUCCAGGAGUCCCUGUAGUGUAUCGUUUACCAGAAGAUCGUCACACUAAUCCAGAUCGUCUUAAUCUAGACAGGUAUAUUUAUUGGUCCAAUUGGAUCUUUAUAGUCACUUCAGGGUAGGUAUAGGUUCAUUAGGCACAGGGUGGCUGAAUAAUAGUAAAUGAAUGUACCCACAUGGAUAGGCAUUGGUCGAUGUCAACUGUCUUUUGUGCGGCCCCCACCUAUAAAGUUUCCAACACCAAUUCUUAAUGUUUAAGUUACGUCCUCGCCACCCUGGCGGAUGAAUCAACGGUGGAUAACAACGACUCGAAAUUUACGCAAUAUUUAGCUGUUAGCCCCCAGAUCAUUUCUCUAUAAGUAUUGCGUAAUUCUACCUUUGGUCACCGAGUUGUCGGCGGAGAAGGCUAGGGAAGAUCUCUUUGCACCAAUAAUUUGGCGUUGUCUUUGGGUGGAAAACAAUGCCAACUAUUUUCAAUCGGUGCACGUAUAUCUACUUAUUUUAUCAGUAAUCCAUCAGUGUUAGUAUCAGUAAUAACUUCGUAUGAAAUAUAUUUCUGUGGAAACAACGGGCCUUAUUCUAAUCGGGCCAGACUAAUCGGUGUGUGUCUCGUAAUUUAGUUCUUACUUAUAUAGUUGCAAUUAUUAUUGAAUGUAUUUUCCCCCUUUUUAGGAGAAAACUGAAUGUAUGUCCGGUACUAGAAGGCGAAGACAAUGUUCGACUUUUGAACUUUCAACAUAAUUUUAUCUCUAAAAUUGAAAAUAUAUCCCAGCUGAAAAGAUUGAUUUUUCUUGAUUUCUAUGAUAAUCACCUGGAGUGCAUAUCUGGUUUGUCGUCUUUGAAAUCACUGAGAGUUCUUAUGUUGGGGAAAAAUAGGUAUAAACUUUCAUUAUGUUUCAGAUUUGUAUUGCAUCAUCACAAUACUAUCACCAUCAUAAUCAGUACAAUGAUAACCAUCACCACCAAUAACCAUUACCAUGGUAACAUCACCAUUAUAACAGUAUACCACAUGGAUACUUAGAAUUGGGAGAUAGAUAUGCUUUUUGUGCCUUAAUUUUAACUGUUUAAAUUCUUAGCUACCAAAUAUUCCUCACGAUGGCAAUUUUUUCCCUAUCCAGACAAGUUAAAGAUACAAACUUUUGUAAAAAUAAUUUUUUAUUGUAGUUACACAAAAUUUAUCCUCAAAAAUUAAUGGCUAAUAUUAUUAUUUAAAUCAACGUCCAAAGUAUUAAACCUACAUCUCAGGUCGUAUUCAGUAUAGGAUUGAACCUGGGUCAGCAUCUGAUCAUUAAGUGUUGUUUACUUUUAACUAUUCCUUAUUCUCAUAACCCCAAUAAUCCUUAUUUUAAUUUUUGCCUAAACAAAUUCAAACCCUAAUCCUAACCCUUAUCUGAUCCUAAUCGUAAUUCUUAGGGUGAUCCUAACCAUGAUCCCUACAAAAAUCUAUGCAGUCACCCAAGUUGUUAUGACGUCAUUUCGGGACAUUUAGUGGAUAUACACCCCGUUAUGUUUUCAUGAUGGGGAGAUUCUGGCGCUUUCAACUGGACUUUUGAGCAUUUAAGUAAUAUAUACAGCAUGCUAUACGGCCGUGUAUGUUGUAUCAGAUACACGAACUCGAGUGAAUGCUGUAUAUAACUUGUAAAACGUAUGGAUUUGAACAGCUUUUGUUUUAAGAAAAUCGAGGGAAAGUUAUGUAAAUCAGGAGAAUUUGAUAUUUGUGAAUACAACACCUCUUUACUCUCGAUUUCAAUUUGCUUUUCAAAACUGACUUCCAAUGUUUACUUGUAAAUUCGAAAUGUUCGUUGUAAAGUUCCGAAGUUUGUUUCGAAGUUCGUUCCGAUGAUUUACGAUAAUCAAAUUUAGUAAGUUGUAAUUGGCUAGUUAAGUGAACCAGCCAAUCAAAUCGCUUGCUAUUGAAUCAUCGUAACGAACUUCGAAACAAACUUGGGAACUUUACAACGAACAUUCCGAAUUUACAAGUAAACAUUGGAAGUCAGUUUUGAAAAGCAAAUUGAAAUCGAGAGUAACGUAAACAUUGAUUUCAUUUUAUUUUCGUCAUGAAUUAUUACUGUCGAUAAAAUAUUGCAUGAAUUCAUUUCCUCAAGUUGAUCAAUUCAUACGAACUCAAAUUUCUUUUUACUUCCUGUGCGUUUCCUAUUGGUCAAUCGGUUCUGAAACGAAAUCUAAUUGGCUCAUCUAAAAGUAACAGGAAGUUGAUUCAUUUGAUCAACUUGAGGAAAGGAAUUGGUGCAAUAUUUUAUCAACACUUCCAUUGCAUCGACAGUAAUGAUUUUACAACACUUACGUACUUUCUUAUGAGCAGGGUAAACGUACAUCGAUUACAAUUCAUGGAACUACGUACACUAUAUUUAAACACCACUACUGAAAACUAUAAUAUCAAUGUGUAGCAGAAGUUUCAGUCUGGUUAUUCACAAGUGCAGCAUUCACAGUACAGACAAAAUGCAACCAAGCCCAUUACCAACGAGACUAUAUUCUUCGCGAUAAAUAUUGACGCUUCGUAACCACAAUCGACCCAUACGAUAAUUCUCAGCACGAGGAACGGAACGUUGAUGCAUAAGAUCUCCAGUAGGCUUAGGAAAGCAACUAUUCCGCUAUCUCUUUCCUCUACUUUGUCGUAAUUAUCAAAUUUAUGUCGGGUUAAACCGAGCGAGGUGAAUACAAAACUUAAACAUGCAAACACAAUGAUCGCUUUUUCAACAGUGUAGUCCAGGUUAAAAUUCUCCCUUUCGUUUUGCAUCAAGACAAUUUCCAACAUCUCAAUUCCGUCGUAGAUAUUCAACGCUGCGAUUAUAGACAGAGAUAGAACUGGCUUUCGAUAGGAUGGACUUAUCACGAGCUGUAGCAAUAAGACGAGUAAGGCUGGAGUUAUGCAUAACACGCUUUUUAGGAAGUUAGGCCCAUAAGUGUUGGAUUUUUUCAGUUCCCCUGCUACUUCGAUAAAUAUUACCGCAACUGAGAUGGUGAAAAGUAAGGUGUAGACAAACCAGAAGCCCCAAACCCACCAAACGUCUUCGUCCGUUUUUGCAUAGGCUUUGAAACAGCACAUGGUGAUAAUGGCAAUCAGAGCAAGUGCUAGGUAAAAUGCAAGGCCAGAUACCAUGAGAACCAAACCACUGCCCGUGCCAUAGGUGCCAAUGGGUUUCACAAAAAAGUUCAUAAGAGACCACGCUUGUGCAGCGUACAUCAGCAAAGCUACGAACCAUCCUAAUGACACUAGACAGUGAGAUCUCCUUGUAAGCAUUGCGGUGCACAGAUUGCGGUGUAUUUUAAAAACCUGGUAAAGAAAUUCAACAAUUUGAAAGUUCUCCGUCGCAAAGAGCUGCAAUUUGUCAACACUAACAGCACCGAUAAUAAAACUUACAACAGAAAAUAACGGUAUACAGUAUACCAUUUCACUCUUUGUUAUAAACGGGACAGCCCCUUGCGGGAAAUACCCGGAUUCCAAGAAGGCAGGGGGUAAUUCCAAAUUAUAUUAUGGCAAGGUCCAUUUCCGGUAACGCGUCAGGUCGAACAAUGAAACACAAUGAAUAAAUUGUCUGAAGAACGAUUCACAAACACAGAUCACUUAAACUUUUUUUUUAGCAAGCCAAUCACAAAACAUAUUCAUUUUAGCUUCGUCGCGCUCUGACAGGCAGAAGUACUGUAGUUAGAUCUUGGAGUCAAUACUAUUUUAGAGGGUAUAGAUUAUAUAGUACACUAUUUCCGUCAUAAGAGUACUUAAAGGUGAUCUACAGUCCGUAUGUAAACAAAGCCUUUGUUUACAUUUUUGCGUCCAAAAUAUUGAGCUUUAUUCGACAACUAUUUAUAUUUUCAAGCUUCUAGAGUAUAAUAAAUGAUCAAGAAACAACAAUCAGGCUUUGCAAGAACCCAAAACAUAGUUAACUGUUUGUAUCAUAAAAGUGGGCUCCUUUGUGCACAUGCGCAGAUCGGACUGUAGAUCACCUUUAACAUAAAACAAACUGUUAUAAUGUAAAUAUAUCAUUUAGUUUUCAAGACUUCUGAACCAGUUGAACUUGUUAUAGAAAUUCAAAUAUAAGGUGAAGGAUCAUUUUACGCUUGUUCGUUUGAGCUCAAACAAAGAGUUAUUUAAUUGGCACGUGAAAAUUUCCACAUAAUAAAUUAAAUAAAUUCAUGACAUAAAUUCAAAACGUUUAUCUCAAAUAUAAACAUUAAUCUUUGAUAAAAAUAAUUUUAAUGUGAACGAGUAGAUGAGUUAUGAAUCUUCUACAUGACCCUUCAUUCAAUUCAGUCGCUGUUAUGUACCCUCAUCUGAGAAUUCAGAACUCAUCUACUCAUUCACAUGCAUCAGAAGUAGAAAAUCGCACUAGAAAUCGCAGCAAAAUGGCAAGUGUAAACGGGCUUUAAUAGGAAUUCCAAAAACCAUUUUAUUUACACUUAUAGGAAGCGCUGUGAGACGUGUGGUACUGAUUAAAAUAGUGCAUCCACAGACACAGUGAGUCAAAAUAUUGAGCACAAUUACUCACAUUUAUGAGCAAAUUCACUUCUUUUUGAGUAAAUUUCUUCAUAAAUUUGAGUAAUUUUACUCAACAUUUUGAGUCACUAUGUCGAGUGCAUGCAUUAUUUUACGUUUUUGAGUCAAAAUACUCAGGGAUUUGUUGCAAUGGGUGCAUUGUGCGUUGUUGCAAGCGACCGGUGAUAACAUAAAAAAGAUUGUUCUCAUAUAACAUUUUUUCUUGUUCCAGGAUAAGAAAAAUUGAAAACUUAGAUGCAUUAACUAAACUGGAUGUUUUGGAUCUCCAUGGUAACAAGGUAUCUUAGGGUUAAUUUCUGUAUUACAAAAUGGAGUCUAAAUGCAGGAAUUUCUUUUUGUUUUCUUUUGUGCAACAUGACAUAACUUCAUUGUGUUUCAAUUCCCAAGUCCAAAAUACUGCUGCAUGUAAACUGCAAAGUCACCAGUGAAAAUUUUCACAAAUAAAUAUUUUUUACCUAUCAUGUUUUGUAAUUGAAUACGUUAUGUACUAGUUGAAACAUGAGCAGCCAAUCUUUAUCUGAUAUAUAUCAGAUAAAGAUCGGAUGCGAAUGUUAACGUGCUUUAAAAACGACCCAUCUUCUGAGUUCAUUGGCGAAGUAAUUUUAAAAAUAAACAUUGUCUAAGCCAAGAAAAUCAAAGCUGAAGUUUAUGUAAAUCAGGACAAAUAUUUAUCCGAUUUACAAACAUUGAUUAAGCAUUCAUUUCUUUUGUAAUUUCCUCAUGAAUUAUUAAUGAGUUUUUUAAUAUUUAUUAGAUAUCGAGCAUCGACAAUCUAAAUCACCUUUCAGAGCUGAGAGUAUUAAAUCUCGCUGGAAAUGACAUUACUGAGGUUCGAAAUUUGCGUGGCAUGCAAGCACUUGCCGAACUGAAUUUGAGAAGAAAUAAAAUAGUGACCGUGGUAAGUUAUAUUAGCACCUGGCCAAACAUGUUUCCCAAGGAAUGCAGAAACCAUUUCUUCCCAAGUGUGAUUUUGGUGCAGAAACAAUUUUUGCUAGUUUGCCCGCCUUCAGGAAACAUGACUGGGACGCUAUGUUUCCGUUGUCCCCUUAUGUGGCCCAAACCGGAGCAUCCGCCCACAAUUACUUGUCAAUGAUUAGAAGUUCGAACAAUUGGAAUCUAUAAGUGUAGAACAGAUCGUUUUAAGAAUAGUUUUUUUUUCCCGAAAACAAUCUCUAUAGCUAAUGAACUGAUAUUCCUUUCAUAUCAGAUUUUAUUGAAAUACUUACUAUAGUCAUAUGUAGUUUUUACAAUAGUUUUAGAUCUAGAAUAUUAUUGUAGUUUUCUUAUCAUAUGUUAAUAAGUUAUAUUCCUGUAAACGCAAUAUAAUUCAUUUUUAUUGCGAUAAUGUGUAUCAAACAUCAUCAUCAAUAAUGUUUCCUGGUUUGUCCACCCCUUACCCAUGCAGUAAGAAAUACAAAACUAUAUAUCCACACAAUAAUCUCUCAUAUACAUUCUUAUCAUUGUUUCUCGGAUUAUUUUUAGUCUGAGAUCGACCAACUUCCAAAUUUACAAAGGCUUUUUCUUAGCUUCAAUUCCAUUCAAAGGUAAACGUCAAAGUUUUCUGUUGUGGCUAUAUAAUUGUCGCGUCUUACCACAUGUCAAUCAUGUACAGGCGUUGCAAAAGUGGUUGAACAUGCUGAAACUAAAUGUGAAAUAAGCGAGUGCUCAGUAAUUGGGUCUCAUGCAAUAUGCGCCUGAUGCAAAUCAUACAUAUAGUCUAUAUAUCGCAGGUUAGCCCACUGCUAACGUUGCAUGAGUGAGGUUGACUCCAAGAAUGUGGCCAUAGGUCCUCGAAAAUAUCAGAAAAUUUAAAGUCUGCAUCCAUAAAUAUACUGUAUUCAAUCAUGAUUGACUAUAGGUUGUCAUGUGGCAGCCAUAUAUUUCUAAGGUUUAAGAUUUUUACAAUUUGGAGACGCCCUUAUCAAUGGGAAGAGUAUGUUUGUUUACACUUUUGAGAGAUGUAGUGUUUUGGUUUCAUUGUCAUUUUAAUGAGAAUACGAGAUUCCUAAUUGGUAUGCAUAACUUUUACCUUUGGUCGUUUUCCAAGCAGUUGAUUUUGCGUACAACGUUCUUUAUUUUGUAGUUUUGAUGACAUCAGGUGUCUUUCGCAAUGUAAUGUGCUGUCAGAACUGUCGCUAGAUGGAAAUCCAUUCUCAGUGGAACAAUCAUAUAAACAUUGUGUGCUGAAGAAUAUUCCAAGUCUUCGUCAGUUUGAUAUGAGGAGAAUAACUGUACGUUAUCUUAAUACGCGCAUACGGAGUUUUAUUUAGGUAGCUUCUAUACAUCAACAAGAAUGAGGCUUCGGUGGUGAAGUGGUUAGCGCACUUGCCUUUCACCUCUAAAGCCACCGGUUCAAGCCUCAGUGAGAACUUUCUUAAUGCGACUCGAACCCAGUCCUCGUGUGAAAAGAAUAAAAAGUCAACGCUCUGCCGAAAGUCGUGGGUGUUCUCCGGGUUCUCCGGUUUAGGAAAUUCCUCCCACAUGCAGGGAAAGUUGACAGGGUGGGUUAGGUAAAAGGGCCCACAGUAAUUGGCUUGCAUAUGCUGUUGUGGUGUCCCUGCCCUAGUUGGAAAAGUUAAACAAAUAAAUAAAUAAAUAAAUAAAUAAACAACGUUUGAUGUUACUGUAGUACCAGAUAUUUUUUUUGGUACACUCACACCUGUUUAACCGUAUCCAACCAAAUUUAUUUGUUACUACAGUAACUUUAUUUCUACCACAAGGAGCUUAUUAUAUGAAUACAAAUAUGAAAUGCAUAACCUCAGACAGCAACCUCCGUCGCAGGGACUUUCCAAAUGCGUGUUAUCUUAUUCGCAAUUCGUGUUAUCUUAUUCGCAAUUCACAUUGCGGUUUAGCCGUCACUGACUGGCUGAGCGCUUAGAUAUAUAGACAUUAUGUAUGGAUAUUUGUAUUGAUAUAAUAAACCACAUGCAGUCGAGCUUCCUGUCUUUCUAAAUGCUAUCCCUAUAUAGGGCCGCCGAGAGGUUGGACGGUGCCCGGUGAAAAACUUUCCCAGGUGGAAAGUUGAUAAAUUAUUUCUAUAGUGAUUGUUAAGUAGCUUUCUAACCACAUUGGCACAUUAUUUAUGUUGGGUGCAAGUUCGUACAACAAUAAAUGAAUUGUUCAAGUCAUGAAUCAGUCUGCCAGACAGUUCAAAAUUAUCCUAGAUGCCCAGUGUUAGUCAUCCAGAUUAAUGUGUCAAUCUAGUUUCACGAUUUCUACACAUAAAAUGUAUGUAAUGCCAGUGUUUGAAUACUUAUGAAAUAUUUAUUUUUUGUAGGAAGAGGAAAAGAGAUUGGCAAAUGUGAUAGCAAAGAAAGAGGAUGAUAAAAAGAAGGAAGUGGGGAGAAUUACACAUCUCAAGGUACUGUAUAAGGGAAGACACGGCAACGGCGAGAUCCCAGCCGUGAUUAUGGAAGCUUAAAACAAAUUAUGGGAAUUAAUUUGUAGGGCAAUUUCCAACGUCGGACAAAUUUUUGUCCGCCCCCUUAAUUUUUCCUCCCGUGCGCCUAUAUAUAUGGAAAAAGGCGAGAUGAAUAUUUUUCCAUGUAAACACUUUGCCCAAACUUUGCCUUGCAUUCGAAAUAUCAUAACUAUUAGCUAUGAUAACUAUUAACUAUUAGAUAAAGCGGUCUGGCCAUGAAAUGGAAAGUGCCCCUGGUUAGGAUCAAAUUGCACGUUGGACCAAAUUUGGGUUAACUUACAGUAAUUUACUUCGUUUAAUUUCCUGCUUGAGUUGUGUGUUUCUUUUAUCUCUUUUUUUUAUCUGUGUGGGUUUUUGUAUCUGGAACAGAUCUAACCAGCUAGAGAGUAAUAGUGAAUUAUCCAAUCUGUAGUAGGUGUAUAUACAGGCAGCUGGUUAGAAUUUCCACCUAACUAAACCAUAACGUAACCAUAUUGUGCCAACAGUUUGCAAGGUUUGUUCUCUUUGGUAUAGCUACUUGCUCUGCCUUACUUCGUUUUUCUUCUCGUGGUGAUCAUGCAAGCAUUUGAGACACAGUACAGCCCCAACAAUGCCAAUUAACAAAGUUGUUGCUGGGCAUUGCAGGCAACUCAAUAUUCUUCAUAAAUUUUGAAAUAAAACGUUUUGCCCUCGUGAUAUUGCCAUCAUGUUAUGUAUAUAUGUACUGCGUGUAGUAUAUAUGUAUAAUGUUUGUGUAUUUUAAUUUUUUUUCAUCUUUCAGGAAAAGAAAAGAAUCGCCAUAAACAAUGCUCAGAAGCAGUGGGAGAUAUUUCAUGUUGGCACUCCUGGCAGUGAAAACAGGUGAUUUUGAUACUUCGACAAUGGUGUAUAAUUUAUUUCUUAGGAUAUAUACAUGAGUGUUACUGUAUGACGAUUUUAUUGUAUAAGAAAAAUAUUUAGCUUAAGUGAAGAACCUAAACAUAGGAACACGAUUGCCAUUUUUACAUGUCAUACACAUAAACUUCAUAAACUUUAGUAAAAGUACCACUCCCUAAAAAGGGCUUUUCAGUGAUACAAUUUAGAAAAUAUAUUACAAUAUGAUUUAUAAAAAAGUUAUAUACUCAUCUAGAAUUACUCAUAUGCACUGAGUAGUUGUUUAUAUAGUUUAUGCUUAAAAGAUUGAAGUGAUUUCUCUGAUUUAAACUCUGGUAACAACGAGUUCCAUAAUUUGGCUCCUCUAAAACUAAAAGUCCGCUGUCCUGUGACAAGGCGACAAAGUGGCAAAUGUAAAUCUCUAGUGUUUCUUGUAACUCUGGAAUGUACUUCAGAAUUUUUUUUAAAUUUUUCGGUGAGCGAAGGAGGUGUUAGAUUAUGUAAAGAUUUAAAGACGAGUAUAGCAUCUCUAAAGUAUAACUGAUCUUUAACGUUCAACCAUUUAAGUUCUUUGAAAGCGGGAGAAACAUGAUCGUACUUUCGUAAGCAAACUAAUAUACGGGCAGCAAAGUUUUGUACACGCUGCAGUUUUUUUACAUUCUCUUUCGACGUGUUGCUCCAUACAGAAGAGCAGUAACAUAAUCUGUUAAACACUAGAGAAUGUAUCACAAGUAAAAGUGUUUUGCGAUCCAAAAGAUGUUUCACGCGAUUAAUCUGAAAUAAUGAAUACAUGCAUGAAGAGACAGUUGUUGUGAUAUGGUCAGAAUAAGCCAGGCAUGAAUCCAAGAGAACUCCAAGGUCUUUCCCAACAGGAACAGGCUUGCAUGAUCUGUUUAGAAAGAAAUUUGAUGGAAAAGUUUGGAAGUUGUUGCGAACGCUACCGAGUACCCAAAACAAGGACUUUGGUUUUUUCAGGAUUUACAAGUAGAGAAUUGCCGCAACACCAACAGCAUAACUGAUGGAGAUCUUUGUUGAUUUGGUCUAUUGCUAAAUCCAAGUUGUUAACUAAGAAACUAAUAUAAAGCUUACUAUCAUCUACGUAACACUCCGGCUUACAGUUACCCACUAUCGAAGGCAGAUCAUUAACGUAAACAAUAAACAUCAAAGGUCCCAAGAUAGAUCCUUGGGGGACUCCAUGAGAGAGGGAAAGCUGUUGUGAGAGAGACUCCCCCAAGCGUACUCGUGGGGUGAAGACGAUCGAGAGGUGAAGUUUGCUAUAAUAUUUAAAUUUUCCAUUUUAUAGCAAAUCUUCACGUGAAGACAAAAGCUCCGAACCAGAAAUGUUGAGGUAAUUGAUAACUCUUCAUGCAUGGCGAACUUUCUUUACACUGCAAACAAUCCCUAAAUAUAUUUAUUCAAAACUUGAGUAAAAUAAUGCACCCACAUGCAGUGAUUGCAAAUUUUGAGUAAGCUCAAUUUUUGGAGUAAAGUUUCAAAUUUACUCAAUUUAAACAAAGAUUUACUUUACUCUGAAAGUGGGUAAAUUUGCUCAUGAAUUUGAGUAAUUUUUACUCAAUAUUUUGAGUCACUGCAUUUUUUGUAGUGUAUACUGGAAACGCUUCAGUUGUAUCUGUUUGAAAAGUGAAGUUGACUGCACCAUUUACGUUUUUGCAGGAUGCUACUUCUAUAUAGUGUAAGUUGUAAAACGUUGUAUUGUUAGUUAAAAUGCAUAAAUUCAUAGCUUAGACAUUUCGUUUUUAGUCAAGAAAGUGUGGCUGAUUCAACCAUCUGUCAUCUGGCUGAACUGGAAGGAGAAACAUUGUAUCUCUAUGGUCCUGGUUCAUUGGAUGCUUUAGAUCGUAACUGGGGUCAACAGGCUGCUAACACUGUCACUAAUGCCAUAUUUAAGUUCAUUGAUUUCGAUGAUAUUGUACCUCACCUCGGAAAAAUACAAACUAAAUUUCCUGUAGUACAGGUACGCGAUGAUUACAUGCAUGAAAAAUACUAUCUCGAGUAGCUAACCUGAAUUUGCGGACUGCCAUGGCCAUGUUGUUCAAUUUUCUCUCGUGUAAAAAUUAUUGAUGUUGACUGGCAAUGGCGUCUAUAUUAUUAGCACUGAUGAAGAUCCGGGCUUACGGAUCCAAAGCUUUGCAUGCAGUAAUAAAUUUACGUGGUGUUUCCACAAACAAAAAGUAUUAUAGGAAAUACAUAUAUAAUCUUAGCCUAGUCUCUUGGCCGUUCACGCGCAAGCGCAAGCUGAAUUUGCGGGCUGCCCGUUUCGAAAAAUAUCCGAAAAGAGUCCGAACUUAAUCCCGGUCAACCUGCAAACCUUGUCAAAAUACCACCCUAAAAUAGUAAGGCGGAAGCGAAAAGGCCGGGGAACUAGGCUGAUAUAAACUUACUUGCUUGAUUUUUCGUUUUUGUUUGUGGAAAGCACCACGCCCAUUUAUUUGACAAAGUUUCUAUGGCCAUGCCCUUAUCGUCAAUAGAAAGCAUAUUAUAAUGAUAACAUGCAGCGGCCAGUUGUUGCCAGUUGUACGAAAGUCAAAUAGCGCUAUCCACCAGCUAGUGAUUUUUUCAACCUUUUGAAAUGCUACAAAACUACGGAUGUAUUACAAGUAGUUAGUACUACAAUUAAUAAAAAAGAUACAUUUAGUUAUCUUGUGGAUACUGCUGUCCGGCCUUCGUACAACCGGCCCCAGUUGAGAGUUUUGCUGAACAAAUAAUUGUGUUGUUUUCCGUCUUGAAAUCAGUCGUUUUAAUUUUCUGUAGAAACUGGUAUUUACGAAUACAAACAUAAAGACUUUACCGCAAAUCAAUGCCUUGGCUGUGAUAAAACAUUUGGAAUGUUUAACAAUAAGUGAUGAUAAUCCAGUAACUUACUUUCAUCUUUGGAAACCAUACACGUUAUUCCGACUUGCACAUUUAUCUCUACAUCACUUGAAUGAUAUGGAGGUAUCGUAUGAGGCAUUUUAUUCGUCUUAUCUUUUACUUACCUUAUAUAUAGAUUAACUACUUUAGUUUGAAGAAAGUAUCAUGACGAAAAACUGAAAGAGCAAAUGGGGAAGCGCCCUGCUUACCGUUGAGUUAGCCUAUUAAUAUAGAUCAAAGACAAAGGUAGUUUCUUGUGACGUUGUUUGGUGCACUGCACAUAUCUUUUGUGCUUGAAAAGUCAAUUAAGUGCGGUUGUGGUGGUAGAACUCCGGUAUUUCCAGGGCUAUCCUCCGUACCUCGGGGUUUCCUCCCUCACCAGAAAAUUAACCCUUUAGGCUUAGCUAUGUUUCGUGAUCAGACAUGGUUCGUGUGGUGACAGAUCGGAGGCGCCCUAUCAAGCCUUCGACUCAGUCACGUGGGAGCUUAAUACUCUCACAAUUUAGCAUUCCUCUGCAGGGACCACCAACAUUUACGUGAAUCAGUGCAAACUUAGUUCGGAAAGCGGUAAAAUAUAGGUACGCUAAGCGUAUAGGUGUAUGCACAAAGUUGUUAUUGCAUGGUGUGUUUUGUUGUUAUUGUUGUUGUCGUUGGAAUAAUUAUGACUGAAAAGUUGUCGUUGGAAUAAUUAUGACUCAAAUUAUGUAUAUAAUCCGUUUUAUAUAGAUUACUGGUGAAGAUAUUGUUAAAGCAGAAAAAUUACUUGGAGCGUUAUCUCAUUUCACGACUUCAAAUCUUCCUCAGUCUCGACUUUUAUCCUUACUUGGUGAUACGAGGUGA